AUGGAGGGAAGCAGUAUAGGACUGAAAAAGUCGCCGUUCUUGAAGUUUCGGUCGCAGAAGCGGCGGCCGCUGUAUUGGCUGCUUGGCGUCACGGCGGCGUUGAUCAUUCUCACAUGCGGGGUGCCGACCACGUCGCUCUCGCUGGCUGCCAGCAAAUCAGAUAUAAAGGACCUGAAGAAUGUCACCAAGCAGUUGAAAAAAGAGACAAAGAAGACUCGAAAAAAGAAGGAGAAGUUCGAGAAGAAACGGUCCAAAUUCGAAAGAGCUUCAUCUCGACAGAGAGAUAAAGCAAGGAAAAAGAUGGAGGAAGCCCAGGUGAAAUUCCGGGAUUGUCAAGAGCGGUUGCGGGGGCUAGUUGAGAAGACGCAAGCAAUUAUGGGUCGUCUGAGGAGCGGCACUUCUCAGCUCUCCAUGAAAGACCAAAGGGAAGCGGAGAAGCAGUUGAGAAAAUCCGAUGAACAGCUCGGGAGGGCGCGCCACCUUCUGAACUUCUAG